AUGUCUUUAUUUGACCCUUUAGGACUACUGGCCUCUCUUAUAAUUCAGGCAAAAAUAUUGAUACAGGAUAUUUGGAAAGAAGAAACACAGUGGGACGAAAAAGUGUCAGCAGAAAUAACUAAACAAUGGAGCGACUGGGAAGAAGAAGCCUGGAUAAAGACAGAUGCUAGAAAGUAUCAUCCAUUUGUAGCUUAUCGAAUCGCGAAAAUUUUGGACUCUACUGCAACAACUGACUGGAGAUGGGUACCUACUCGCGAGAACGUUGCCGACGACGCUACAAGGAGCAAAGGACAGGAAGAACUUCAGGAUUCAAGUAUAUGGUACCAAGGACCUGGUUUUUUGAGACUGCAAGAAUCAGAGUGGCCUGUGCAGAAGACGACCGAUAAAUUGACCACCGAGACCAUGAAAGAGAUGAAGAAGGAAUUCUGUUGUGUACUUCAUUUGGAAGAGCCAGUGAUCCACAGUCACAAGCAAUCCCAACAAGAAUCAUUUCCAACAGAAUGGAACGCUCUAAAAUCGACAAAAGAAAUUCCAACAACAUCAAAGAUUUUCUUAUUGCCUCCUAUUUUUAAGGACGAUGUUAUCUGCUUGAACGGAAGGAUAACACAUAAGGAUGGCUCAACUUAUCAGCCGAUCAUACUGCACAAGGAUAACAACUUAGUUAAACUGUUGAUCCAACAUUACCAUCAAAGAGCAGGACAUCAUGUAAGAGAAAGAGUCGUCAACGAUCUUCGAGAACUAUUCUGGAUGACAAACAUUCGUUCUGGUGUCAGACGAUCUUGGAACGUCUGUUUACUCUGCAAGCAUAGACGAACGAAUCCCAUGGACCCAAGAAUGGCACUAUUACCCUUACCUCGACUUCAACGCAAUAUCGCUGCUUUCACGGAUACUGGUGUGGAUUAUUUUGGACCUAUGCUAGUAACAAUAGGACGUCGACGAGAAAAACGAUACGGAGUAUUAUUUACUUGUUUGACCGUACGAGCCGUCCAUGUAGAAAUCGCGGCGUCGCUUGACACCGACUCCAUGUUAAUGGCUUUACGACGCAUGAUGACGAGGUUUACCUCGCGAGACGAGAUAGACCUAAGCGCAUUUAUUCAGACUAAGGCCCAGAUGGUGUAUCCUAGCAGGUCCUAA